ACGCACGCGAUUCAUUUCAUUUCCGCGUCGCGGAGAGAACGCAUCACCACCGACUCCCUCUCGACUCCUCCUCAACCGCUCCCUCUCUCGCGUUCCCCCUUCGAGAUCUAGGGUUAGGGUUAGGGUUUCGAGUUGGUGAUGCUCUCAUGGAAGGAGAAGGUGGCGGAGAAGCUGUCCCGCCUCCUCGCGGACUCGCCCUCGUCCCCCUCCUCGCCGCACGUUGCUGGCUCCCCCGUCGCACCUCCCGAAUCGCAGGAAAAACCCUUUUCUUCCGAAGAAUUUAAUUCGACCAAGAAAUCAUCUUUCUCUUCAUACUAUUUACCUUUUCUAGUUGCUUCAAACUCUGGAGAUGGUGACCACAACGUUGGUUCACCUUCGCUUUCACAAGACAGAACACAAUUUCCUCUUCAAUCACUUCAUGAAAGAUGGCAAACAAGUAAUUUGACAUGGAAAUAUAGACCACCUGGAUGCAGAGAGGAAUGCGGAACGGAAAGUGAGAGUGAUGACUCGAUUGAUAUUUCUAGUGAAAAUCGGAACCAUGACUGCAAUAGGAGAAAUGUAAAUGGCUCAAAUGGAUGGGAAGAGCCAUCGACCUCGCACACCUCUGACGACUUUCAUCAUUAUCUGACAGAAAAGUCCACUUUUAUGUCUGGAGAGCUUUUUGAGUUUUUCCAAUCAUCUCUUCCUAAUAUUGUGAAGGGGUGUCAAUGGGUUUUAUUGUACAGUACUUGGAAACAUGGGAUAUCACUUCGAACCCUUCUUCGCAAGAGUCUUGCUCUUCAGGGCCCAUGUUUAUUAAUUGUCGGAGAUGUGCAAGGUGCUGUAUUUGGUGGUCUGUUAGAUGCUCCUUUAAAGCCUAUGGCAAAAAGAAAAUAUCAAGGUACAAAUCAAACAUUCGUAUUUACUACAUUAUAUGGAGAACCAAGGCUUUUCAGAGCAACUGGUGCAAACAGGUACUAUUACUUGUGCUUGAAUGAUGUGUUAGCAUUCGGUGGGGGUGGAAGCUUCGCUCUGUGCCUUGAUGAAGAUCUGCUUAAUGGAAGUAGUGGCCCAUGUGAAACCUUUGGGAACUUAUGCCUGGCUCAUAGUCCAGAAUUUGAGUUAAAGAAUGUUGAGCUAUGGGGUUUCACUCAUCUGCCGCGCCAUCUGACGUAACCGCAAGGGAGACGGUACCACUGUUGUUGUAUAUCAAUAUAUAUAUCUAUCCAUCUGUUUGUUCAUUCUUUACCUUAUUCUUUCCGCAUAGCUAUUUUUUAGUCCAUUGCCCAUUGAUUUAAAUGGUACUGUUUUGUUUACAUUUCUGAAAGAUUCACCGCUCUAAUCAUAUAUCUAUGAUUGAGAGCGAAGGAGAAAAAUGCACACCUUUGUGCCCAUUCAUCUCUAUUUAUUUCUUUUUGAUGCUGAUUACAUUAUUCUUACUACCUAUUUGCUUCUACGUUGUUUAGACUAGGGCUCUUUGUACCAGUCCUUUAUGGGAGCUUGAUUUGUACGCCUCGUUGCUGAGUCGCUCCAACUGGGACUGGAGCUUCAUUUGGGGCUGUAGGUGAGAAAGUAGUAGGAUGAGAAUAUAUCUUAUUUAUUUUCGCACAUAAUACCACAUUUCGUAUAAUAUUUUUCUACAGUUUUAUUGAAAAAUAGAGAACGUUUUGUCUACUAACGGUGGAUGGGCUUUUAAGACAAAA